AUGACAGCUAUUGAAGCAACUUAUGGUUGGGAGCCUACCACCUUCUCCGCCGUCUACCAUGGCAAGUUCAGCUACGCACACUAUGCCAAGGAUGAAAACAUCUGGGCUGUGUUCCCUGCCGGCCUACGCACUGGCGCUCCUUUUUAUGUGAUGGCAACGUUCACAAAGAAUGCUCAGGGAAUUGAGAAUGCCCCAUAUCAGGGUCUCAAGCCAAAGCUUAUUGUGAACCAUCAGGAUCGAACCUUCUCGGCCAAGGUCGAGCCAGGCAGUUCCGUGGACCAAUAUUACUGGUUUGAAGGUACCUGGAGCAGUGAUGGUCAGACGCUGGAAUUGCAAAUGUAUAACAAGCCUGGAGACAAGUUAGACAAGUACACGCUCCAGCUCCAGGGGACUGCCUAG